AUGGCUGACCACACUUAUGCGGAUCAGUUGACUCCGUUGGACCUGCCUAUGCCCAGGACCUACAUUCGGAUUCUCUUCGUUUUUCCAACGGCAAAUCCAAGCCCCCAAAUCACGCAGGAACUCCAGCGCGGCCUCGAGAAGCUUUCGAAGCAAGUUCCCUGGGUCGCCGGACAUGUCUUUCAUACCACUUCAGCCAAUCAGAAAACUUCUCUUGAAAUCCGAUACCAUUCAGACACGACAGCGAUCCUAGAGGAUAAAGGCCAGAUAACGGCCUCAUACGCCAAUCUCUCUUCGCAAAAUAUGCCCAUGGAAGCCAUCCCACCUAACGUGUGGCCAACAGUCCCAAGCCUGUUGGUAACAUCCCUUCCGAGACAGGGGACCGCGUUUUCGCUGCCAGCUUCUUCCGGUUCGCAGAUCAUGGGGCCGGAUUAUGCUUCUGCUUGCAUCACAACGCCGUGGAUGUAA